UGACGUUUUCGUGUAAGUUCAUGAUUUGAUGGAUAUUUUUCCCCUUAUUUUUUCUUCUUCCUUCUCUCUCUCUUUCCCGAUAAAUCUCUGCAAGGUGAGAUCGACCAUCAGAACGACAAUCGGAGGAGAUGGAUGGUUAUCUGAGCUGAUCGGACGUUUUAUCAUCAUCUCCACCGUUGCCGAGUGUCAACGUCGACUGUGGUGCAGCUAAUCGGCCAGUCGAUUCAUGGAAAACGACAGAGAGAACAGAGUGCACAAAUCUUUCUUCGUUUGAUGAUGAUACGAGAAGCAGAAAAGUCGUAAUAGAGAUGAAGAGACAGAACAAGAGAGCAUUGGGUGUGAUUAACCAGAAUCUCGUUGGUUCAAAAGCUUAUCCUUGCGUUGUUAACAAGAGAAGAGGCUUAUCUCAGAGAAAACAAGAAAGCUGUGAGAAGAAGAAGCUUGAUUCACUACAUCCCUCAAUUUCAAGACCUCAAGAAGAGACAAAGAAGCUGAAACCAUUGCUUCCAAGUAGUAGUGAAAGACGAUGUCCGGCAAGAGUUCAUCUUCAGUGUCGGCCUCCGUUCUCUGAGACCUUCUUUCUGAAACAAUUCGUAAACCUCUCCGCGUCUGCCGAUUCUGACCUCGCAUCACCCUAUUUCAGCUUCCCGUUCCUUCUUGUCUGUUACUCUUUUGGUUCAAAUAUGGGAAGGGCAAAGAAAGCUCGAAAGCUUGUUGUCAUGAAGAAGCUGUUUACCCACAAAGCUUUGAAGCAUUACAAGGAAGAGGUUCUGAAUCCAAACAAGAAGGAGACCUCACGGAGCUUCCGAGAAACGUUCCGAGUGUUCCUGCUGGGCUAUUCUUUUCUUACAACUUCUCUAUCCAGAAUAAGAUCGGUGUACAUCUUCUCUUCUCUACCACAGAGCUCUGAGCAGUUUCUUUAUCCUGACUGGAUUCUCAUUAUGGUUCUUAUGGUAUCCUUUUUUGCUCUGGUGUCUAUAGAUGGAUCUUGAGAAGGGAAUGAGAGACUGUCUGUAUGCAAACUGUGAGUUACUUAUACUUUGAUUGGUUUAUAGGUAUGCAAUUUUGUCUCUUUUGUUAACCUUUUCUUGUUUCUGGAUUGGUUUAAAGUUUCUUCAAAAUAUUUUUUUUCAAAAUUAACAACCCCAAUAAGAGUUUCACCAUUGGAGGAGCAAAAUUUUAAUUACUCUUUCACAAGUUCUUAUUUUAAAAAGGUACAAAAUAUAAUAUUUUAAAAAUAAAAAACCUCAAAAUAGCAGCUUCACCGUUGGCGAUGCUCUAAUGAUAUUAUUUUAUACAAUAAGAGUGUGGGUUCUCUUGCUGCAUCUUACGACAUGACUUUGGAUGCAAUGGAUCCAUCUAGCGGAAAGUAUCUAACUUUUCAGACUGCCGUUAAUGUAGAAUGUUGUGGCAAACUUGUUAUGACGUCCUAUGUUGCUGGACCUCGAGGUAAUAUAUAUGUGACUCACUCAGUGAACCAUGGAGAAUCCUUUCGAAAACAGAAACCGAUUUCAUUUUACCAGGUGGAUGAAUCAGAGCUGCAAGCCAAUGACUGGAUUCGUCUAUAGUUGGAAAUUUUAGUUGCCAAAUCUGAUAGGUCCACUGAGGAUCAUGAUCUUUCCAAGUUGAAGAUUGUGGCCAUAGAAAUCACGGAACCACCGAGUGAGUCCUCUCUCACUGCCAAAAAUGCAAUAAGGUACACUGACUUUUGUGAGGCUCGGUGUGGUGGUAAGAAUUUUGAUCGCAUAGCUGUAGUUAGAAGAACGUUCAUUGAGCGUACGGAAUGCUUCAGUCUCGACGGUUGGAAUGAGAGCUCAUACAUUAUACCAGAAAAGUGUCACCAGAAUCAGAGUUCAGAUAUUGUACGAGAAAAGGGUAUGAGUCUCAGUAGGAAACUUCUGACACGGCGUUUAAUUCACAAAUCAUGGCGGAUAUGGCGGCGCAGGGUUUACACGAACUAUGGCGUUGGCUUGGCUCAUCGUCGUCUUGGCAAAACAAGAUCCAUAGAAGCAGCGAUCAGAAAGUAUACUCAAAAAAGUGUGUAUUGAGUCUGACUGUGAAACUUCUGUUACGGCGUUUAAGCGUUCCCACACCAUGGCGGAUAUCUAAACUUUGUAAUUACUCUAAACUAAUUGUAUUGGUCCAAUCAAAGUAUCAAAACCCAAUCAAGAAGAGUCAACUUGUCAAUAGUUGACUUCAAGUGUGUACAAGGGUCUUGUUAUGUUAAAUACUUAGAUAGAUCAUAGAUCGAAUGAA